AUGGGGCAAUUGCUUGUCACCAGACGAGAGGCAGCCAGAGAUUGGAUGCCAGUGCACACAGCUCGAUGGCAAACGAACAAGGAGAGGAGAAGAUUUUGUGGUCGGGUCGAGUCGAGUGGUGCAUUAGUGAAUGCAAGAGACGAUGGCAAUCCCGUCCAUGCCCACUCGAUGUUCAGCUCUCAAUCAAGACCGACCAGACUGCAAAUCGCAAGAACCAACUUGAUUUUACAGCACCAGAUCAGACUCACACAGCUGAGAGAUGGGGAAAUGGAGAAGGCAAAAUUCACGAUUCGAGCACUCAAGAGCGGCAACCAACCCAAACGAACCAUGCCAGAGGCACGGAUAUGGACGAUGCUUGGACUAAUUAACAUUGCUUUGGGCCCGAGCCAGGACAGGGGGGGUCGGUACAGGGGCCAUGACCAUGACCAGCGGAUGAUGAUUGAGGAUUGA